AUGGGGACAAAACAGACUCACAUCAAUGCAGCUCAUCGGUCUGGCUUCCUGCUGAGGGCAGCCCUGCUCUCUGUCCUGUUGUGCAGCCCAAGGCAUGUGGCGUCCGACUCGGAUGAGGGGAUCCUGACGGACUGGGAGAUCUGGAAGAGCAGCAACGGCGUAACCUACGAUGAUCUGGACGAAAUGCAGAGGAGGGCGAUCUGGGAGGAGAACAAGCAGAAGAUCAAUGACAAUAAUCAGGGUUUCUUGAUGGGAAUCAGGCCAUUCGCUAUGGCUAUGAAUAAAUAUGGAGACCUGACACAACAAGAAUUCCAGGUGUUGCAAGGUGCUGCGAUAAAUGCCCAGUUUGUGCACAGAGGGAAGACGGUCUCUGCUCGACGGCUGCGCAUUAAUGCUCGGCAGUUAGAUGCUCGGUUUGUCGACUACAGGAACAUGGGUUAUGUCACUGAGGUGAAAGAUCAGGGCUACUGCGGCUCCUGCUGGGCCUUCAGCACCACAGGAGCUAUCGAGGGACAAAUCUACAAGAAAACCGGUCAGCUUGUCUCCUUGAGUGAGCAAAACUUGGUGGACUGCUCCAAAGCAUACGGCACCUACGGCUGCAACGGUGCCUGGAUGGCCAACGCCUACGACUACGUGGUGAACAACGGGCUCCAGUCGACAAGCACCUACCCGUACUCCUCAGUGGAUACUCAGCCCUGUUAUUACGACAGCAGACGUGCGGUCGCUCACAUCAAAGACUACAGGUUCCUACCCAAAGGAGACGAGCAGGCCCUGGCUGACGCUGUGGCAACCAUUGGUCCAAUCACAGUGGCCAUUGAUGCGGAUCAUGCAAGCUUCCUGUUCUACAGCUCAGGAAUAUACGAUGAGCCGACCUGUAACCCUAAUAAUCUGAGUCACGCUGUUCUGCUGGUGGGUUACGGCUCUGACGGAGGACAAGACUACUGGAUCAUAAAAAACAGUUGGGGCAGCAGCUGGGGUGAAGGCGGCUACAUGCGAAUGGUCCGGGACGGCAGUAACACAUGUGGCAUUGCAAGUUAUGCCCUGUACCCUAUUAUAUGAUUCUGAUAAGAUGCUUCAGAUUCGAGAUUUAACAGAAAAUGUGUUCUUCAGACACAUUUUGCUCAUACUGCUAAUAUCAUGUGUAAAGUCAUCCAUACUUUCUAAACUCUCUGCUGAACCUUGUUUUGUGGAAACACCCACGACAGCCUUGUACAGUGAACACAUCGUUUCUCUCAGGGACGAACAAAAGAUUCAAUAUGUCUUUGAAUUUUUUUCGAAAAGGGUCAAACUCACCAAAAAUGGAAAUUAAUUUAAAUAUUAAAACAAAACUAUGGCCAUCUUUGGACAGCAUAAACUGUGGAAACAAGUAAUUACACAUUCCGACACUUACAAGGGAAAAGUUAAAUAAAAAAAAUAUUCAAUUUACUAUGGAAUCUUACAACUAGAACUUUUCUUUGCCCUGCAUGGUGGCUAAUUUUGGCUAAUGUUAGUGAACCUAUAUUUGUGUCAGACAUUAAUGAGCUCGCACACUUUAGUGACCUCUCUUUGUGUGCUACUUUUACACAAGUUUUAGAAUUUUAGCUCAGUACAAUUAAAUAAAAAUACAUUUAGCAUCAACCCACAAAGGUCCAGUCGCGUUACAAUUUGGGAAAUCAAUCAAUUCAUGUGUGAAUACUGAAAAAUAAUGGAUUAUAUAAAACACAUUUAAUAGAAAUAUUGAAGUUGCACGUUUUUUAAAAGGGAGUAACUUUAUUCAAAUUUGGUCCAGAGUUUUAUAUAGCUAACCUACAUGUUUAAAAAGGCAUCCUGCACAGUGCUGAACUCUGAGUGUUGUGGAGGGAAAGGAGAGCUUGGGAGUACAUAAUGGAGGAACGGGUUAUUAGCUGUGAUGCCCCGUCCACUUUUAUUUGACCUCCUCCAUUAGAUAAACUGCUCCACUGAAGAGCCGAGGUUGAACAGGAGUCAAUGGUACAAACUGAAUGAACAUAUUUUAGGAUUGGUUGGGUUUUUAUCUCGUUGAAAAUAUAAUUUAGAAUAUUAAUGUAUUCAAGUAAGAGAAAGGCACAGCAUGUCAAAAACUCUUUGCUGAAUGAAAUGAAGAUCAAUCCUGACGAAAUGUAACAUAUCAGAACAGAGCACAAAAGUGAGAAAAUAGGAAGAAGCUCCUAGAGCUUCAUUCCUAUCAUGGACUAGAUGCCAUAUUAGUGCUUAACUCAGCAAGUUCACCAAGCUUCCAGAUUCUGUGACCACAUGUGCAUUUAUUUACCUUUCUGUUCUUACCAGGUUUUAACUGCUCACAGUGGCUGAUACACAAGUUACAUGGUCUUGUUUCAACAACUGAUUUAAGAGAGUUUGGGUGUCCUGUUUGUGAGGACAUCCAUACUAUUUACAGCAACUCUUGUAUUUGUAGAAAGGAUUUAUAGAAAGGGCAGGGGAUGGAGGGUAUAGUGGAUGAUUAAAACAAAUAAAAUGUUUAAUCUAGGCCUCAACUUGAAGCUGUUGGGGACAAAACAAUGUGUCU